CCUACGUCAUAGCUUUUCCAUUGUAACAGACCUCUUAUGAAAGAUUCAAGCGUUUGACUUGCCAUCGCCUUACACACUCUCUCUGCGCAGCGUUCGUCGUAGCGAUAGCUAGCUCUGUCUCACUCCAGCCAUGACUUCCGAACGAUCGCCCCUGAUUCAGCGUACUGGAGGACAAUCCAGUCCCUUCAACCCUAACAACCUGCCCAGCCGUGACGAUGUGAGGCGGGCCAUCCCUAGCAAAGGCUCGAGAAUCAAGGUUGCGGAAGCUAUCGGAGCGAUUCAAGCUGGCAAAUUGCCAUCCCAAGAUCAACUCUCCAAGUUGAUUCAGCUUGUCCUCGACAGCGAUGUCCUGUCUGUCAACGGUGGCGUCGGUAGCCGUACUGCCCGAAUGGGCGCCCAAGGCCAAGACAUCUUGAACAAGGUCAAAGCCGUGUUGAAUGCUGUCCAAGCCUGGGGAGAUGAGAAGAAUGGUGACGACCUGUUGCAAAACCUCUUUUGGGAAGCAUCCACCGCCGAGGUCAAUGUAGAUGCCUCGCUCCCCUCGGCCCCAGCGACCAAGAAGGAAAUCUCCAAGGAUGCUCGACGAACGCUCGAUUCCUUCCAAACCAUGGCCUCGCUCAUCGUCACCAGCUCCGAAUUCCGAACGAUCGUUUCCGACGCCGUCUUUGUCACACGAGACAUUCUCGCAGACGCCGCGUCAGUGCUCGCCGAACAAGCCAGCAAUGCUGAAUCGACGCUUCGACCCGACGAAUCGGAACGCGAAAAAGGUCUCGACUUUGAGUCUGUCCAGCAAAAGGGCAAGCAAGUCAUGCGCGACGUGAAAAAGGGCAAGGUCCAGAAGAACGCUCGGGAGGAGCUCUACGAAGACGUUGAAAAGGUCAAAGAGUACCUCGACGACAAGCUGCCCGCUGGCGAAGAGGCAAAAGACGCAGUGAUCAAGCGAUUCCAACAGGUCAUAUCCAAUGCGCAAAAGAACCCCGACUACAAGCGCUCGCUCACUGCCAUUGUCAACAUUUACAAGAAAUACGUCCACAAGGCCACUGACGCCGCCAAGAAUGCAGCGGACAGCGUCAGCGUCUCUGACGAGGAUGAAAAAACCCAACAGGCCGGUCGAGAUCUCAAACAAUUCAUCGAACGACUCGCCAACAAGUCAUUGAAUGAUGUCACUGCCGCGGGUCAAAAGGCCGCGGAAGACAUUAGAAAUGACGAAAAGCUAUCCAUCUACUUUGGCGAACUUGAAAAGCUGUUUGAACGGUCCCUCAAUGACCCUGGCUAUGCCAUGUCCCAGGCAGCGUACCGUAAGGCAUCCGCCCUCUACGACGACGGCCAGUCGCUUCUCGAAGAAAAUCAAGCGUGGAAAGAUGACGCAAAGAAACUGCAAAAAGAGAUUGAAUCCGUCAUCAAAGGCAUCUCCAAUGAUCAGACCACCCUGCAGCUCGUCGAAUCCGUCGAGAACCUCGGCACAUCCCUCGCCUCGGUCUCCAAGGUCGGUCUGCCCAGUCUCAAAUUCGACGGCAAGGGCCUCUACCGAGACGUGGUCAACGUCAUUGUGCCCCGUGUGGUCUCCCUCCUCAAGGAGAUCCCUGUCCCUCGCGUCGAGUACAAGUCAGAGGAAAUCGACCUCGUCAUUGACGACAUCAAGCUCGAAUCCGCCUCGUUCAUUCCCGAUUCCAUCCGCAUUGUUCAGCGAAACGAUGUGCGAUUCACCCAAGGUUACGCGACAUACGCCUCCGACUAUGAUGGAACUCUCCGACUCAAGGUCGACGGCCUCCACUUUGCCGCCUCGAACAUUGCCUACUGGAUCAACCAAAAGUCUGGAUGGCCCCACUUUGAGGACUCUGGUCUCAUUGAUGUCGACUUUGGACCUCGUGGAGUGUCCUUUGACGUCACUUUGGAGAAUGCUGGAGAGGAUGACCGCGAGACAUUCUUCACGGUCCAGAAUGUCUCCCUAUCCAUGUCCGAUUUUACCUUCCAUGUUCGGGACAACGAGCACUGGUUCGCGAGCUGGUUCGCCCAGCCCAUCCUCAAGGCGUUUGUCAAGCGAAACCUCACGCACGCAUUGGAAGCUCAAGUAGCCGAAUACCUGCAAACGGCCGAUCUCCGACUGUAUGGCCUCCAACAACGAGUCAUAGCCGCCACCAAUGCGCGACCCACACCUGGCAACUUUAUCUCUGCCAUUGUCAACGACACCAUCUUCCCCAGGCGGUCUUCCAUGGGCCCCGUCAAGGUCAGGCAAGCAGGCGUGGUCAAGUAUGGAAGGUACGGAGAGUAUGUCCUCCAUGUCGGAGUCGACGAACACUUGUUCCCUGAUCAACCACCCGCCCGUGUCUCCAACACGCAACGCCAGCGAGCCAAAGCCCACGCCAAGCACGCCGCGCGAUCCGUUCGAGGCGCUGCCGACCAGUUCAAGCAGGGUGCGAAGAACAUCAAGGAUGAAGCGAACAAGGUCAAAGAGGGCGUCAAAGGUGAGAUUGCAGAUCUCGAUGCGAGACGCAAGGAGGAGAUGAGGAGAGAGCAAAAGGAGGAAGGAUGGAGAAGCGAUGCGUUUGAUGUGUAGAGUGGACUAUUGAAUACAUGGAU